AUGGUUGCAGUAUCUAAGUCUGAGCAACCGGGGUUGUAUGCAGGAACCUUGGCCGGCCGUCUUGGGAUCUCACCUGCGAAGUCACCAUUUGUGCUUCAUGCUGUACAUGACACUGUCCUCGAGUCAAACCGUCGACACGAAAGGGAGGAAAAGAAGGUUCAAUGGAACGGACGCUGUAAUUCCAGACGCAUGCACGGAUCUCUGGCAGAGUACAGGAAGGACAGGACAUGCCUCACUGUUGCAGACACGAUCAUCCGAUGCUCCCCAAGCAGAACAGCCUCAGAAAGCGCAGGGGAGACGCUCAUUGAUCAGAAGAUUUUCUGCUCUUCGCGGAUCAUUUUAGAGGGAAUCUUAUUUGAUGGUAUUAUUAUUGCCUCGUCUCCGACGCACACGCCCUCAACAAGCAAAGUCAAUCUGCUGCCUCCGUCGCCUAAAAAACGUCACGGCCUCCAGACCCCGCCAGCCGUCCUUGUCCUUUUAUUUAAUCGCGCUUCCUGGCGCUUUUCCAUCGAUCCUGUCUUUGCUGCCUGUCUUUUCUGGUCUGUUCUUGUUUCUGACUGA